CCGGGGCUGGCACCGUAGGCGGCAGCGAGCCACGCGGUCUUGAGAGAGCUACUGGCGAAACAGGGGUUGAUAACUCUCUCAAAUGAAAGCAAGAAGGAUAGGGUUGUGAGAAUAGCCCCGUACCUCGCUGAUGACUCGGAUCGCACCCCAGCUGCUGGGGGGGAGUUCCUCUCCUUGCUUCUCCAGAAAAUCCAAGGCACCGAGAGUUACACUGAAGAAUCGGAUCAGACGCCCGGUAAUCGAGCCCAACAGAACCGAAAAAUCUCCAGAAAAUCCUUCAUUGCCCACCCCACACAACUGCUUCCCCAACCACCAAAGCUGAACGUCGAUGCCGCCACUUCGGCCGAUCAACUCCGC